CCCCAUAGCCUGGUCCCGCCCCCCGAGCAGUCAGGCUCCGCCCCGAACAACCUGGACAGUUAGAGCGGGUCACGCGCCUGGCCGCCGGGGGACGAUUCCCCACCAUGGAAGAGCCUGGCAUGUCUCAUGAGUCAACAGAGGAUUUGUUUCACUUCAAUGUCGGGGGCUGGCAUUUCUCUGUUCCCAGAAGCAAGCUCGCUCAGUUCCCAGAUUCCCUGCUGUGGAAAGAGGCAUCAGCCUUGACCUCUUUGGAAAGCCAGAGGUUAUUCAUUGACAGAGAUGGUUCUACAUUUAGGCAUGUGCACUAUUACCUCUACACCUCCAAACUCUCCUUCUCCAGUUGUGCAGAACUAAACUUGCUGUAUGAGCAAGCACUGGGUUUGCAGCUGAUGCCUUUGCUGCAGACUCUAGAUAAUCUGAAGGAAGGGAAACAUCAUCUACGUGUGCGGCCUGCAGAUAUACCUGUUGCUGAGAGAGCAUCUUUGAACUACUGGAGAACAUGGAAGUGUAUCAGCAAACCCUCAGAAUUCCCUAUAAAAAGUCCAGCCUUCACAGGUCUGCAUGAUAAAGCGCCUUUGGGGCUCAUGGACACACCACUGUUAGAUACAGAAGAGGAAGUGCACUACUGUUUCCUGCCCCUAGACCUAGUGGCCAAGUAUCCAAGCCUGGUGACUGAAGACAACCUGCUGUGGCUAGCUGAGACCGUGGCACUGAUUGAGUGUGAAUGCAGCGAGUUCCGGUUCAUUGUGAAUUUUCUCCGCUCACAGAAGAUUUUACUGCCAGAUAAUUUCUCCAACAUAGAUGUAUUAGAAGCAGAAGUAGAAGUUCUAGAAAUCCCUGAACUUACUGAAGCUAUAAGACUGUACCGCAUGAACACAGGUGGCUGUUCCCGAACCUCUUGUCCUCCCUCAAGUCCUGGGAAGGGGGUCCGUGCAGCAGGCCUGGAGUCUGUAAAGCCACUGUACAUGAUGGCCCUGGGUCUGCUUGUCAAGUACCCAGACUCUGCGCUAGGACAGCUCCGCAUAGAAAGCACACUGGAUGGAAGUAGACUGUACAUCACAGGGAAUGGGGUCCUCUUUCAACAUGUCAAGAAUUGGUUGGGGACCUGCCGGCUGCCCUUGACUGAGACCAUUUCUGAGGUGUACGAGCUCUGUGCUUUCUUGGACAAGAGGGACAUCACCUAUGAGCCAAUGAAAGUGGCUCUGAAAACACAUCUGGAGCCAAGGACUCUGGUGCCCAUGGACAUGCUCAAUGAGGACUGGGCUGCAGAAAUCACUGUGUACUCCCCCCAACAGAUCGUCAAAGUUUAUGUUGGGAGUCACUGGUAUGCAACCACCCUGCAGACUCUACUGAAGUAUCCAGAACUGCUAUCCAACCCUCAGAGAGUGCACUGGAUCACAUACGGACAGACCCUAUUGAUCCAUGGUGAUGGCCAAAUGUUCCGACACAUUCUCAACUUCCUGAGACUUGGAAAACUGUUUUUGCCAUCUGAAUUUAAGGAAUGGCCCCUUUUCUGCCAGGAGGUGGAAGAAUACCACAUCCCAUCCCUUUCAGAAGCCCUAGCCCAGUGUGAGGCAUACAAGUCAUGGACCCAGGAAAAAGAAUCUGAAAAUGAAGAAGCUUUUCCCAUCAGGAGGCUGCACGUGGUGACAGAAGGGUCAGGGUCAUUAGUAGGAUUCAAUAGAGACGCUAAAGAAACCACAGCCUGCAUGCCUGUGGAUUUUCAAGACUGCAAUGACAGGACUCCAUGGAACAAGGUCAAGGGGGCCCUGGCCAGGUCCAACCAGAUAGAGAAGGCCGAACAGUAUUCCCGGACCAUCCCAGUGCCUCUGUGCAGAGGUGCCAAGAGGGCAGGCAAUCCCAGCACAUACUCUCAAUGUCCUGGUUUAUGUGCCAAUCCCAGACACUGGGGGUCCCAUCCUGAGAGUCCUCCCAAGAAGAAGUGCACCACAACCAAUCUCACACAGAAAUCUGAAGCCAAAGACCCUCCUGUUACUCCCAUGCAAAAACUCAUCUCCUUGGUGAGGGAAUGGGACAUGGUCAACAGCAAACAGUGGGAAUUUCAGCCACUAUCAACCCCCCAGGGAAGCCCCUUGGAGGAGGCCUCUCUGCAGCUUCCCUUGGGAAGUGAGGCUUCACCCCAACCCAGCACCUCUGCUUCCUGGAAGGGCCACUCCACAGCCUCAGAGAAGGACCCAGGUCUACAGACAGGAACUGGAGUCAAAGAAAAGGGAGGUGAGCCAACCUUUAAGCCAUACUUUCCUGUGAAACGAACUGUUACCUUGAAGGACUGGAGCAAGCAACGGCCAAAGGAGAGAGAAAGCCCUGCCCCCGAGCAGCCUCUGCCUGACAGCAGUGAGAUGGACAGUGCAGGGGUCAUUCUCAAAGUGAGCCACCCCCCUGUGGUGGGCAGUGAUGGCUCCUGCAUGUUCUUUGAAGACAGUAUCAUUUACACCACGCAAAUGGACAACUUUAGGCACACAUUGCCCACAAGCAGCCCCCAGCCCCGAGAGGUCACUUUCCUGAGUUUCUCUCUGUCCUGGGAAGAGAUGUUUUAUGCUCAGAAAUGCCACCGAUUCCUGACUGACAUUAUCUUGGACUCCAUCAGACAAAAAGACCCCAAAGCCAUCACAGCCAAGGUGGUCUCCCUGGCCAACCGGUUAUGGACCCUGAACAUCAGCCCCAAGCAGUUUGUGGUGGAUCUGCUGGCCAUCAGUAGCUUCAAGGAUGACCGGCAUACCCAGGAACGUCUAUACAGCUGGGUGGAGCUCACACUGCCUUUCGCCAGGAAAUACGGCCGCUGUGUGGAUCUGCUCAUCCAAAGAGGCCUGUCUAGGUCUGUCUCUUAUUCUAUCCUGGGCAAGUACUUACAAGAAUGAUAAGAUGCCCACAGAUGCUGCCCUGAAGAACCCACCUGCCAAGGUUCAUUAACUGUGGAUGUCUCCAGAAUGCAUGUGACCAUCAAAGAGUGUGUAACAGUCUAUUUUUUAUUGUAAACAAUAAAGAGUAAAUUACAAGUCAAGAACUUUAA